CCAGGUCUCUAGACAAACUCUAUAACUUUGCUGACUGCUCUGGCCUUCACCUGAUCUUUGCACUGAAUGCUUUGCGCCGAAAUACCAACAACUCCUGGAACAGCUCCAAUGCCCUCAGCCUGCUGAAGUAUAGCGCCAGCAAGAAGUACAACAUCUCCUGGGAGCUGGGCAAUGAGCCCAAUAACUAUCGGACCCUGAUCGGCCGCUCGGUGAAUGGCAGCCAGCUGGGGAAGGACUACAUCCAACUGAGAAGCCUGCUGCAGCUUAUCCGCACUUAUUCCAGAGCAAACCUCUAUGGGCCGAAUGUUGGGAGGCCCAGAAAGAACGUCAUCACUCUCCUGGAAGGGUUCAUGAAAGUGGCUGGCAGCACGGUGGAUGCUGUUACCUGGCAACAUUACUACGUUGAUGGCCGAGUGGCCAAAGUGACCGACUUCUUGAAAACGCGCCUGUUAGACACACUCUCAGACCAGAUCAGGAAAAUCCAGAAAGUAGUGAACACCUACACGCCGGGGAAGAAGAUCUGGCUGGAAGGCAUUGGUGCAACCUCGUCUGGAGGCAUGAACAACCUCUCCGAUUCCUAUGCAGCGGGGUUCCUGUGGCUGAACACACUGGGCUUGCUGGCCAGCCAGGGCAUCGAUGUGGUGGUGCGGCACUCCUUCCUUGACCACGGCCACAACCACCUGGUGGACCAGAACUUCAACCCCUUGCCGGACUACUGGCUGUCCCUGCUCUACAAGCGCCUCAUCGGUCCCAAGGUCCUGGCGAUCCAUGUGGCCGGUCUCCAGAGGAAACCCCGGCCCGGCAGAGUAAUUCGUGACAAGCUUCGCAUUUACGCCCACUGCACCAGCUACCACAACCACAACUACGUCCGGGGGUCCAUCACCCUUUACAUCAUCAACCUGCAUCGCUCUCGGAAGAAAAUCAAGCUGGCAGGAACGCUGCGGGAUAAGAUUGUCCACCAGUACCUGCUGCAGCCCUACGGCAAAGAUGGGCUCCACUCCAAGUCGGUCCAGCUCAAUGGGCAGCCGCUGGCCAUGGUGGAUGAUGGGACACUCCCUGAGCUAAAGCCUCGUUCGCUGCGGGCCGGCCGCACCCUGGUCAUCCCCCCGCUGACCAUGAGCUUCUACGUGGUGAAGAAC